GUGGUGAGAUCGAUGAAGUGGCAGGCAGAGGGAAGAGGAGGAGGAGGAGGAAAAUCUCACGAGAUAAUGAAAGAAAAAGAGGAGAGCUGCUAGUGUAGAGCAAAAAAACGAGCUAGACCCGGAGAUUUUUAGAGUGGAAAACAAAGACUGAAAAGAGGGAACGAAGGGAGCGAGAGAGCUUCGUCUGUAACCGCAGAUGGUUUUUGCACUCUGGUUUUGGUGAAUGUAGCACCCCGGGGCGCAGCGGACCAAUUGUGUGAAUCUGCAGGGCUGCUCGGCGACACAAUCGAAGAGAUGCACAGGACGGACAACAGCCGCGGACGCGCUCUGAGAAGUGGAUGUUAAAGGCACAAAAGCGAGGCUUCUGCCGAGGAACACAGCUGAGCACCAAAGAGACAAGAGAGCAGAGUGCUGAUGCACAAGUGAGAAUAAAAUCACAGCUAAAGCUCCUGAUGUUGUUGCAAACUCGUUUUCUGGGAGUUUGAGGGAGUUUGAAGACAGUACUUAACGUUAUCAGAUAAUUAAUUAGACACCCCAUAAGCCCGGAAAUCAAUUAAUUCACAAAUCAAUAAAUCCAUAGUCUGGUGUAACAAGAGACCUUCCAGACUGUUAGCCUGGCUGUUGAACAACAAUAACAAGAGACGAGCAGCAACACACAGGGGCAAGAAAUACAGAUUUAUCUGCUGAAACUGAAGAUGGAUGGGAGUCUAGGGGAGAUGUCCCUCCACAGUCACUCUGAUCUGGCUCACAGCCAGGAUGGCAGGGCCAUGCUGCACUCGCGGGACCUUUCAGCUGCUUUCCCCAGGCCUUCCCUUGGGGGCCCCUCCAUGUCUCUGGAGCCUGAGCCCCGUCCACCGGGCUUCGACCACUCCAUGUCAGCACUGGGCUACAGCGGCGACUCCCCGUCCAGCUCUGGCAGCACCUACACCACCCUGACCCCCCUGCAGCCCUUUGAUGACAAGUUCCACCACCACCAUCACCACCACCCCUGCCUGCCUGUCAGCAAUGUCAUUGGUAGCUUCACUCUCAUGCGUGAGGACCGAGGCCUCAGCACCAACUUCUACAACCCUUAUGGCAAGGACCUCGCCAUGGCCCAAAGCCUGUCGCCCCCGUCCACAGGUUCAGGCCUGGGAUCCUCCAUGCACGGCUAUGGCAGCCUGGGUAACAGCCCCAAUGGCAAUGGCGGCCAGAUGCUCCAUGGCGGCUACGACGUCCAUGGGGGGAGCCUCUUCUGCAGGACGUCGGAUUUUGGCCGUGAGAUGUCACCACCGGGCCUGGGAGGAGGUGAUGUGUCAGUGGGGCAUCAGUUGAAUAAAAUGGAGGCUCACCAGCAUGCCCCAGGCCACCACCCUCACAUCUACAGCCAGCACUACCAACCCCACCAUCACCCGAGCCAGCAGGCCUCCAAGAUGGGCGAGCACCUGCACUCCUCGUCGUCCGCCUCGUCCUCACCUGGCGAGGGCAUGCUGCCGGGCUUGCAGGGCAGCGGAGGCGGCACCGGGGAGGAGAUCAAUACCAGGGAUGUGGCCCAGAGGAUCAUCACUGAGCUGAAGAGGUACAGCAUCCCCCAGGCCAUCUUCGCCGAGAGGGUUCUGUGUAGGUCACAGGGCACGCUGUCUGACCUCCUGAGGAACCCCAAGCCCUGGGGCAAGCUCAAGUCUGGCCGCGAGACCUUUAAGAGGAUGUCCCGCUGGCUCCAGGAGCCCGAGUUUCAAAGAAUGGCCUCGCUCCGGCUGGAGGCCUGCAAGCGGAAGGAGCAGGAGCAGAGCAAGCUGGAGCGCAAUCAGGGCCCAAAGCGCACCAGGCUGGUGUUCACGGAUCUGCAGCGGCGCACACUCAUGGCCAUCUUCAGGGAGAACCACCGCCCGACCAAGGAGCUACAGGUCACCAUCUCCCAGCAGCUUGGCCUGGAGCUCUCCACAGUCAGCAACUUCUUCAUGAACGCCCGCCGACGCAACCUCAACAAGUGGGCAGAUGAGGGUCGUCCCUCCUCCACGGGGUCCUCGGGCUCCAGCGUUUCCUCCUCCGCAGUGUCCUGCAGCACGGCGUGAUGACGGACCGCCGAGGAGGUGCGAUGGGGAGGGCGCUGAGGGAGCAAGGGGGCACAUAGACUGGUCUAGGCAGAGAUCAGCCGUAAUAAAUGUCCUCCUCGUUAUCAGAAGGAGCGACGGAGCCAGCUAUUAUAGAUGAUAUUAUGAAGAUGAAGCAUUUUCCCAAACCAAAGUUGAUCGCUCCCUUGAAAUGGAAGGGGGCGAUACCCAGAGUGAUAUGAUUGCAGGAUGUGAGGUCCUGCUUGUAUAGUCAAGGGUGCAAAGAUGAUUUGACUCAGAAGAGUCACACCCUUACAUAGACACCAUCUCAUUGCAUUAUUUUGAUUAUGUAGAUUAGAGAUAAUGAGGGUAUUACAAAUCAGGAGGAAGCAUAUUUUGAUGUACCUUCAAAUCUAUAGUCAUCUCUCCAAACGUGAAGAAUCAAGAGGUGCCGUUUGCUCACAUCUGGAGAGCUCCAUUGUGUAACUUCCUAAUCAAAACUGUUCACCGUCAUCCAAAGACAUUAAUCCUACCCCAAUGUUCUUAUAGUCCUGUUUUUCCUCAAGAAUCAAGGUGAAAGAGGAAGAAAAGGCUUUUUUUUUUAACUUAACCAUUUUUUCUGAAGAACCUAAUUUCCCUUUCUUAGCAUGUGUUUCCAUGGUGAUGGUUCCCUGGUCUGUGUGGCGUUGUUCCAAGUUCGGAGCCUGGAGUUAUUCUGAGGGUUCUGUAGCGUCCAUGACUUCCAGCUGUCAAUCAUUUACCAUCUACAGGAGCCUUCGCCUGUACUUUGAAGAUGGUCCCGCCUUGAAUGAAUCAGAGUUUUCAAGGGGGAACCGCAGUGCAUCUCGCUGUACGCCAGGACGGAAUCAAUAAACACAAGUAGGACGCAGAAAAAGACUUGUUGGUGCAAACGUCUAGCUUUAAGACUCUCACUGAGCUUCCAAAGAAAGCUCCACAGCCAUUUUUUGACUCAAAAUCAAGCCAAAAAAAAGAAAAAAUGAAAAUCAGCCUUUGAACACAAAGGCUCCGUGGGGAAGAGGUACACCUGACACAAUGUAUAGUGACAUUGUAGUAUUUUUUCCACUCAUUUCCAAACAACUGUACACACCUCUGCUCCAUUAUGAAAUCUUUUUUUUACAGAAGUCUAGAAAAAUGGAGGAAUGUGAUUCUUUCAGCCCUUUUUGUACAGAUUUCAAGCACAUCGCUCUAUUUAUAGAAACACAUUGGAAGUGCAGGGCAGUUUGUUUCAGCCCUGCUGACGUACAAGGUCAUUUUUUGGUCCACAAAGGAAAGGCUUUAACAUGCCUCCUUAUAGCCAAUAGUUAAAUCAAACCAAGAACAUUUCAAAUGCAAUUGCUGAUCUGAUCAACGUAUUUAUUACUGCAUUUGUGUAUUUAUUGUUUUCCCUUUUUCUUUCCUCUUUCUAUUUAUUUGGUUAUUUAUUUAUGCUAUCUAUAUACUGUAAGUAUUUAUUUAACAAUGCUCUGUAUGUCUGUGUGAAACUGAAGACUUUUUCUGAUGGGCACUUUUAGCUGUAGAAUCCCAUCGUAAUACCAAAGAUUAACAUUGCCUCCCUGAAUGUACGGCCUGAAUCCCUAAACCUUGUACCCGAUCCCAACCUGAUCCAGCCCGACCCACCCAGUGAUGUUACGUAUCUCUCUCUCUCUCUCUCUCUCUCGCUCUCUCUCUCUCUUUAAGGCCUGGCCUUUGUUUUUGUUUUUUUGUAGAAUAAUGGGGAUUUCUUUACUCUUGCAAAUGUCUCUGUGGUCAGCUCUUAAUGCCAAGGCCAAAGCUUGUUUGAAUGUUGUGAUAAUAUUUAUAAUUAAUAACAUGAAUAAUAAUGAUAAUAAUAAUAAUAAUGAUAAUAACAACAACAAUGAUAAUGUGGCAUCCCAUAGGUUCACAGGUUGCUUGUAAAGUUGUGUUCAGACCAAUGCCAUCAGGCGGACUGUGUAAACUGUCUGGGGACCCACUUAAAGUGCUGUCAGAAGGCACCAUUGAGCGAAAGUCCUUCAGGGUCACAUGCAAACAUGCAUACUGUGUGUCUGCCUGGGGAAAUGCAUGGUUGUGAACCUCUCCCAUCUCCCUCACCUGCCCCCCCUCCCCAGAGCAGUGCAGACAGUCUUGUCUAUGUCCAGCUCAGUGUGAUCUCACUGUCCUCCACAUGCCAAGCCCUUCUGCCAGUUGUCUCAGUUCCAAGAGGGUUCAUUCCUGGACUUUUGGGUGUUCUCAAGUUUUGUUCCUUGUCUACUUGGAUCUUGUUUUUUCCUGUUUCUGGGGUUCUGAAGGUAUUAGGAUUUAUUCCUGGACUUUGAGGUUCUUAAACACAUGUUCAUCAACUUCUGUGGAUUUUGAGUUUAUGUUCCUGGUUUUCUGUAGGUUUUAGGAAUUGUUCCUGACCUUUUAGGGUCCUCAGGUUUCUUCCUGGCUUUGAGUUCUUCUGGUUUGUUCUUCAUCUUCUGGAGAUCUCAAAUUUUGUUGCAAGGUCCCUUAGGCUGAUAGGGUUUGUCCCUUGUCUUCUAAUGGUGUUAGAGUUUGUUCCUCAUCUUGCAGGAAUCCCUGAUUUCAUCACAAAGUUUUUAAGGUUUGUAGGGUUUGUUGCUGGCUGUUUUGGGUUCAUUCCCAAUCACCAAAGGUUCUUAGGGAUCCCCCUGCAACUUCCACAGGCAUAAGUGACUUAAGUUUCCAACAUUUUGCCCGGUGAAUGCCUAAAUCACACAAGAUCUGAUUCUCUGACCCCUGUGUAAAUGCUGCCAAAGAGUGGCAAGGCUAGCUUGGUCGUUUUCCACCCUCUCCUUCUCCCUCUCUCUCUCUCUCUCUCUGUCUUUAACAUUGGAAGGGGUGGAUUGCCUGGGCCCCCUUCACAGCGUGCACUUGAAAGACGGGCGGUCAUGAAAGAGGCCAUCGACUUUUUCAUGGACUUCAAAGGGAAGGCUUUUUUCAUCCCAUCUCCUCUCUGGGUAUCUGGUCUGGGGUCCGCUCUUGGCCAGACCUGUGGGCUUUAGGGGGCAUUCAGAGGGGGUGGGGGGAGAUCAGAGAGGAGGCUGAAUCAUCCAGAAUGAGGAUAGUGGUAGUGGGGUGUGUGUGUAGGAGAGGUGGGAGGGGGGUGUUUGAGGAACAGGAGGUGUUGGAGUAGUGGGGCAUGGAGCUGAAUUAAACUUUAAUGAGCAACAAUUGUAAGCAUGCUGAGAGCAAAGGGGGGUGGUGGAGGGGGUGUGGAGUUGAGUCUGUACAGAGGGGAAAAAUGAAAAAUAAAAGAGCUCGGAGGCUCCUCUGCUGACCCCUGCUCACUACUGUCAUUGUAUCAAAGCUGAGGUGACACCUUUCAGGUUUCUCUUUGUCUCUCUGACUGGGAGCCUAAAAUGGAGACAGAGCUUUUUGUAUUGAGCCACCUUCUGCUCCGUGUCAAGCAGGGAAGCUCUUCCCUUUCUGUACAGAGGGGAGGCGAGAGGGAGGGAGGGAGGGAGGAAGGAGUGAAUCCAUUUGGCUGCUGCAGGUGAUCCGCAUUGCCAUUUUAGCCUGCGGCACCCCCUAGUGGCUUUUCUAGAAACUUGACCCUGAAAACAAGUCUGGCAGCCGAGGCCGUUGCAGAGCAAUUCUGAGGGGAGCGUAAAUAAUGAAAUAGCAGAACUGAAAACUCAUGUAUACUUUCAGAAAAAAAACAAAAAAACAAAAAGACAAAAAAAAAAUAAAUACAUUUUUUGAUAAUGUUUAAACCAAAAAAAACAACCAAAGAUUGAUGGGUAACUGCUGAAUCAUUAUGUAUCAUGGGUAGUUUUAGCAGUUCCCUAUCAGAGCUACCGUAGCACUCAGAGGAUUCAAAGAAGCACCAGUGGGGUUCCGCGUGCUGAUUAUUUAUGUUGCAUAAAACAGUAUUAUGUUGAGCUGGAACUGAGAAACUGACAUGAGGCAGUGUCUUCAGAUGGAAGUCUUUUGACUCUGUAAACCCCAGUGUCCCUCGUCUGUCCCUGCCCUCUUCCCUGUGUGUACAUGAAGACUUUACCCAUCUACCUCAACUGUGUGAGAUGUUGUGUGGCAAAGAUAUUCCUUAACCAAAGAAUCCAUCCUGUCAGGGUGUCUGUCUAACUAUCUAUCUUGUCUGUCCAUCCGUCUCUUCUUCAUGCCUUUUACUCCAAACCAAAUGUGCUGGAAUCAAUCCGUAACAGGAGCCAAACGAGGCCCCCGUCCAGCCAGAGCUUAAGUCCAGUAUGCUAGAGUGUCCCAUUGAUCCAUGCUCUGUAUAUAAAUAAAAAUCAUUCUCAAGACCAAAAAAGAAGGAGGUGACAAUCCAAGCAAGGAGGAUCUUGCUGUAAUCAACGUUGCCUAUUCCUUGUUUUCCGAAAAGUAGAAUCAUGUGACUUGCUGUAACAGAAAAAGCCCAAGAAUAAAACGCUCAUCCCAAGAUAAUAAAAAAGGUCAGAGGAGACAGAAGCUAUUUUUCCACAUUUGUAAGCCACCCCUCCCACCCGUUUUUUCCGAAAUGUUUAGUGUAGUUGAAAUACUGUUUGAUCCCACUGUUGUAAGUAGGAAUUAAUGAAAUCCAUACAAAAAGCUUUAAACGGGGAAGAGCUGAGGGAAAUAUUAUAUUUGAGUCCGAGUUUCCUCAGCUUGGACUCGACCCACCAUGCUUUAUCGUGCCAUCCUUGUCCAUGUGUUAGACUUACUAAUGAAUGUGGCUAACCAACCAAAGGCUUAAAAAAAAAAAAAAAAAAAGAUACACAACACUUUAAACGUCAAUCAUGGUGGGACAUUUUGUAUCAACAACUAAAGAAAAUCCCUUUGAAUACCUCAUGUGAAAAUUGUUUGUUGUGAUGUUGCACUAAAAAAAUAAAAUGACUCAUUUGUAACCCAA